UUCGGAUAUUAAUUUCAAUUUUCUUUUGAUUUUCUGCAACAGUCGCUACAUAACUUGAAAACCCUUGAUCUCGGCCAUUCCCAUUCCUUACAAAAAUCACCAGACUUUUCACAAGUCCCAAAUCUUGAAGAGUUGAUAUUGUUGGACGUAGUAGUCUGUUCGAGAUUCACCCCUCCAUUGGUCAUCUUAAAAGACUUUCUUUGGAGAGCCUUUCAUACUGUGUUAAGCUUAUUUCUCUUCCAAGGGAUUUCUAUAAGUCGAAAUCUGUUGAGACUCUUCUUCUUAAUAGAUGUUCAGAAUUCAUAGAACUGCAUGAGGAUAUAGGGGAGAUGAUAUCACUGAGAACGCUUGAAGCAGAGUAUACAACCAUAAGACAAGUACCACCUUCUAUUGGUCAUCUUAACAGACUUUCUUUGGUGAACCUUGAGUGGUGUGAUAAGCUUAUUUCUCUUCCAAGAGAUUUCUAUAAAUUGAAAUCUGUUGAGACUCUUCGUCUUAAUGGAUGUUUACAAUUCAGAGAACUGCAUGAGGAUAUAGGGGAGAUGAUAUCACUGAGAACACUUGAAGCAAAGCUAACAGCCAUAAGAGAAGUACCACCUUCCAUAUUAGGAUUGAAGAAUCUCACUCGUUUAUCCCAUCACCAAAUCAGCGUAGAGCUCAAAAGAGAACACAAAUAUCUGCGUUGGAAAGGAUGCCCUUUAAAGUCCAUACCAGAUGACUUUUUUAAUCAACCAAGACUAGUUGUUUUAGAGAUGCAGGAAAGCAAACUGGUACAAGUUUGGGAGGGUUCCAAGUCGCUACAUAACUUGAAAACCCUUGAUCUCAGCCAUUCACAUUCCUUGCAUAAAUCACCGGACUUUUCACAAGUCCCAAAUCUUGAAGAGUUGAUAUUGGAAUGGUGUAUGAGUUUGUCCGAGAUUCACCCCUUCAUUGGUCAUCUUAAAAGACUUUCUUUGGUGAACCUUUCAUACUGUUUUAAGCUUAUUUCUCUUCCAAGGGAUUUCUAUAAGUCGAAAUCUGUUGAGACUCUUCUUCUUAAUAGAUGUUCAGAAUUCACAGAACUGCAUGAGGAUAUAGGGGAGAUGAUAUCAGUGAGAACACUUGAAGCAGAUCAUACAGACAUAAGAGAAGUACCACCUUCCAUAGUAAGAUUGAAAAUCUCACUCGUUUAUCCCUAUCAGACACAGGUUGACUUGGAGUGA